AUGAGCGCUGAAGAUGCCACCACCAAACAAGAGCAAAUUCCAUUGAAAGAAGGCGAGAAUGCGGCAGAAAAUGCGGAAGUAGUUGCACCAGAAGAGCCAAAACCCAAGAAGAACUGGUUCUCCUGGGGGAAGAAGAAGGCCGCGGAUGAUGUCGCGGAAGACAACGCGGAAGCUGAUCUUGAAGCUGGAGGCGACGCGGAAAAACCACCAAAAAAAGCAGCAUGGUGGAAGAGAAAUUGCGGGAAUAAGGGGGAAAAGGAGCAAGCUGUGAGUUUUGGAGUUAGCCUAACUUCUAGAAAAAAAAAAAUAAUGUUCUUCAAAUUCAGGAUGAAAACAUCUCGAUUGGCAUUGAUUUGGUAAAUCGCGACACCAACUCCAUCAAUCCACACAUCCAAUUCGGAUUCGAGGACAUUUUCGGUGAAGCCGAUUCGCAACAUUCAUGGGAUUGUGUGUGGCGUUUGAAUUACCGUGUAUUCACGUGGACUCGUCUCUUCGUCUAUCGUCUCCUCUCUCUCGUCGCUCUUCCAUUCACCCUUCUCUUCGCCAUUUUCUUCGCUCUCAUCUCAGUUCUCAAUGUCUUUAUCUUCGUUCCGGCUGCAAAACUCUUAUCGAUUCCUGGAAAUGCGUUGGCCAAAAUCUGGAAUUGGUUGAUUCAUGCGAUUUUUGAUCCGAUCGCUUCGGCUAUUGGACUUGUGUUCAGCUCGUUUACCAUUCGAAAAUAUGGAAUCAAUCAGGAAACAACUGCGCCAUGUGUAUAA